AUGAUCAAGUCGCAAAAAGAAAACCUGACUCGUUUGGUUAAAGCGUUUGAACGUCAGAAUGAAGAAGAAUUUAAAUACAUCCUCGAUACAUUUGCAAUCAGAACGGAUAUAACAUUGGAAUGUAUUGGAAUUGAUGUGUCAACUAUUGAAUAUAUUCUUCAGACUCCAAACUCAAGGAAUUUUAUUCAAAUUUGUUUGUAUUACGGACUUGAUUUCUACAAGAAAAAUUCCAUGGGUCAAUAUCUUGCGUAUUAUGCAAUUAAAUCAAUGUCUGCAGAGAAUUUGGAAACAUUAGUUAAAUAUUCAAAUUGCUAUCCACUGACGGAUCCAAGCAAAAAAUUAGCAUAUCAGUUAAUAAUUAACAACAAAGUAGGAACAAAAAACAACAAUUAUCUUCAUGAAUUGAUCGAGAAAUUAACAAAAUCAAAUUUUUUUGAAAGCCUCAAAAUGAUAGAACAGUUACUCAAAUGUGGCUGUAAUGCAAAUCAUUUGAAUGAUGAGUCACAAAGUCCACUGGAUAUACUAUUAGAAAAAGUCAAUGAUUUAUCGAUUGUUGAGAUUGUUAACAUGUUCGUGAAAUAUCAAAAUAUAGAAAUUGGUGAUAAUGAAAGAAAUAAGCAAGCUGUAAUUUCUUUGGAUAUAAGUGAUAAGGUGACAUUUAGGAAGCAGAAUAUAAGUGAUAUUUCAGAACUCUUUAAACACAUUUACAAUAGAAAUGAGGCACAAUUCAUUGAAGGAGUUAAAAAUAUCAAUCAGACAUUAAUAUUGACAAGGUAUCAAGAGCUUCUAAGGUUGACAAUUCAGUGUAAUUUUACGAAAGGAACAAUUUACUUAUUGAAGUAUGCCAGAGAAAGUGAUAGUCAAAAAACAUUGUUGGAACUGCUGAGGGAUAAAAACGAUGGAAUUUCACUAUUUUUCUACGCUCUGUGUCUUUGUCGAUGUGAUAUAAUUGAGGAAUUCUUGAAAAUAGACAACAUCAAGUUUGAUUCUGAGAAUAAAUGUUGGAAUGUGCUACAUGAAAUUUGUUCCUUAACAAAACAUGUCGAAAGUGACGAAGACUUUCAAAAAUGUUUUGAUUUAAUAAUAAAUGAUAAACGAUGUACAAAAGAUAUAAUUAAUGCUUUUGACAACAAUAAUAAAACUCCACUGAUGCAUGCCUGUGAAAAUGGACAUGAAAAAAUAGUAUUGGAACUAUUAAGAAGAGGUUCAUACAUAGGUCACACAAGUGUAUUAAACAUUUUAAGUGAAGAGACAUUGAAAAAAUUCCUAGAUGAAUGCAUAGUUCCAAACACCGACCUUAAUGACAAAGACUGCUUGGUGCAAAUCAAUUAUAAAUUUCUAAUAUCUCCAGACAUUUGUGAGAAAGAAACAAGAGCAUUAGAAUUGAUUUCAUCAUUUGAAAAGUUUAAAAACUUAGUGAUUCAUCCUGUAUUCACAUCGUUCUUAGAAUUGAAAUGGAAACGAAUGAAUUUCUUGAUUUAUAUUGGAAUAUUUCUACAUUUCAUAUUCUUGAUUUAUAUGAGCAUUUUUAUACUUAAUUUCUUCGAUUCCCCAGUUUACAACUCAAACAAUAGAUUAGAUUCUAAACUUGGAAUGGAUCAAUUUGAUUCAUAUUCAACCGAACUUCCUUUAGACAUACCGUACAAUAAUGAUGAUCCACUACCAAAUAUUCCGGAUGAUAAUUCUCAAAGUGGUGGUUUUGGCAGUUUUGAUCAAGGAUUUGGAGGUUCUAACCAAGGUGUUGGAGCUGCAAGUUCAGGCCAAGGUUUUGGAUCUUCAAGUUCGGGAUUUGCGUUUCCCAGUGGAAGAUCACCUGCUUAUAGAGGAUAUGAAACGAUCGGUGGUGACAAGAAUAUUGAGUCGAGAGGAACAUUUUUAACAACAACACCUGCUAUUCCACAAAUUGUUCCUCUUAGUGCCAAAAUCAGCCCUACAUCGAAUACUCGUAAGCCUGUUAAUGUUUUAAAAGUUCUAUUUUUGGGAAGAAGUAAAAGAGAUGUUAGCAAUGACUUUACAAACAUGAACGAAAUUGACUCAACAGAAGAAGAUCACAUUAAAGAACAUGCUAAAACUUAUUUAAUUUGUCUACUUGGAACUUUUUUGUUGACAAUUUAUGAAAUCUCACAAUUUGUUCUAUCCAGAAAAUAUUACUUUUUGAAGCUAAGUAACUGGGUAGAUUGUUGCUUAUUAGGACUUUCAUACUAUGUCCUAAUUACUGAUCAACGAUACGAUACAGAUUUUCGAUAUUUGAGAGCCUUGUUUUUCUUGGUUUUGGCAGUUCAAUGCUUCAUUUUAAUAGCAAGAGUUUCUAAGUUGUCCUUACAGCUAGAAAUAUUCAAGAAAGUUUGCAAGACAUUCUUAAAGUUUCUAUUGGUCUAUUCCAUGCUAAUAUUUGCUUUUGCUAUGGCUUUCUAUACACUCUAUAAUAACAAGAAUUCAGAACUAAACGAUCGUACGUACAACGAUUCAAAUCAAGAAGAGGAAGAUAAAUCUUUUGAUAAUAUUUUCAUAUCGAUCAUUACAGUCAUUCGUAUGAUGCUUGCAGAUUUUGAAAGCAUUAAGCUUAAUCCUGACAGUCAUCUUGACAUAAUAAUAUUCUUAUCAUUUGUUUUGUUGAUUUCUGUAAUUCUGAUAAAUUUGUUAAAUGCCUUAGCAAUUAAUGACACUAACGAGAUCAUGAAAUUUGCAGAAAUUGUGGAUAUUAAGAAGAGAAUCUCAAUGAUAAAUAGCUGUGAGAAAAUCUUAGUAUUUUUAAGAAUUCAUUAUUUCGAUAUAUUCACUAAUGUAAUCAUUGGAGGUCGGAUUAUCCUGAAAAUAAAUCAAGAUAAAUUCAUUCGAAUAAGACAAGCUUCAUCAGAUGGAAGAUUAAUUUAUGAAGACAGCAAAGUGCCAGUUCCUCAAUUAAUUCCUUAUUAUAAAAUUCAAAAAGUUGUGGAAUUAAGCACUCCAUACUUUAAACUUGGCAGUGAAACUAUCGAGAAAACAGUCGAACACAUUCAAAAUUUGGUAGCAAGUGAAAAUGAAAUGAAGUGCUUGAAUUGCAUUCAUCAAAAGUAGACAUGUCGAAUAAUUAUCAACUGUUUUGAUCUAGUUCAUAUUCCUAGUAUGACAUUCUCAUAUUAUUAAUGAAGUUAACUAUUUUAAUAGUUGUAAAACAAAUUGCAUUCAGCCAGUGAAACGUACUCGUGCAUAGCAUGUAAAUGCAAGUAAAUAUACACGAAUGUAGUUUUUGAUCGUCAUGUGAAAUUAUAUGUAAGAAGAAUGAUUUUGUUUUGUUUUUAUUUUUAUAACAUGUGAAUCACAGCCGGAAAUUUUACGAAUGAAGUGAUCAAAAUAAAAAUGUUAAGUCAG